GUGCGGUUGUGGUCGAGUGCGAGUAUUUAUUUUGCAUUAUUCACUUAUUUCUGUUGUUCUUAAAUUAUUUUUGUAAAUUUUGGAUAAAAAUUAAUAACUAAAGAACACAAACAACAUGCUCCGAAGACAAGCCAGACUUAGACGGGAAUACCUCUACAAGAAAUCUGCAGAAACACGACACAAGAAAAUACAAGAGAAGAAAGAGUUGCUUGAAAACAGUCUGCAAAAAAAUACACAAAUCCAUGGUAAUCUCCAGCGACAGGCAAUUCAGCUUCAGGAAAAACUCAAAUACAACGUAGAAGAUCCAAAUGGAAUUACCGAAGCAAAUAUCGAUGAUGAAUACCGUUGGGCUGGCUGUGAAGAUCCAAAAAUCAUGAUCACCACCUCACACAGUCCUUCGGCGCGAUUGAAGAUGUUCGUCAAAGAACUGCGGUUGCUAUUCCCAAAUGCACAACGAAUGAAUCGCGGUAACUAUGAGAUGAAACAACUAAUGCACGCUUGCCGUGCCAACGAUGUGACAGACUUCAUCAUCGUUCACGAGCAUCGAGGGGUUCCUGAUAAUUUGGUUAUCUGUCAUCUGCCUUACGGCCCGACGGCAUUCUUUAAUAUCUCUGGAGUGGUAAUGCGGCAUGAUUUACCCGAUGUCGUACCUAUGAGCGAACAAAAACCUCACCUAAUAUUCCAUAAUUUCAAAACAAAGCUGGCCGAACGGACAAUGAAUAUCUUAAAGCACCUUUUCCCGGUUCCAAAGAAGGAAUCAAAACGAGUGAUGACAUUCGCUAAUCACGAUGAUUACAUUUGUUUCCGUCAUCACACUUAUCAAUAUGUCAAUAAGGAACUUGAACUGAAGGAGGUCGGUCCUAGAUUUCAAUUGAAAUUGUAUCAGAUCAAGUUAGGAACAUUAGAUGAACUUCAAGCCGCCAAUAUUGAAUGGGUGUCGAGACCAUACAUGAAUACAGCUGCUAAGCGAAGGUUUUUGUCCGACGAUGAUGGUUGGGUGCAGGACGAUAACGAACAAUUUUAGUUAAGAAUGCAAAAUAAAAUAAAUGUUUUUUAUA